CGGUCUCGUCGGCGCUGGCUUUCACAACCCGUCGUGGGCGGCAUACCGCCCCACGCACAUGUGAUGUACGUUGGGUAGUGCAUCACAUCCUGGGGUUCGUAUAAAAUACCGUUAGCUGAGGGAGCGUUAGUACACCCCCCGCUCCUCAAAGCAGACAUGGCCCACCACUUUUGCUGCUGCCUCCCGAUCCGCUUCGGCGCGUUCUUGAUCUCGUUCGUCCAGUUUGCGCUGAACGCGCUCCUGGCCGUCGCCGUCUGGGUUGUUGUAGCCCAUAACAAGUCCCAUCAUGUGCUGGAUACCAACGAGGCGUACCGCGACGCCAUCGCCCAAGGCGUCCUCUUCACCUUGACCGGCGUGGUAGCGUUGGCAGCGUUCAUCGGCACGAUCCGCAAGAGCGUUUCCUGGAUCGCCCCGUACGCCUACGUGAUCAGCAUUCUCCUCGCGGCCAAGACCAUCGUCGCGAUCCUGCAAGUGAUCCUGUUCCUCCGCGAGCCCGACUCGAAGCUGCUGUCGGAGUGCACCCAGGACAAGAACCAGUCUGAGCAAACGUGCCACGAAGCACUGAAAUGGAUCAAGGCCCUCUCCAUAAUUUUGUUCGUCCUGCCCCUCGUCGUGGAGUCUUACGCCCUGUGGAUUAUCUACCAGUACGGCGAGAAGCUGGAGGACAAGGAGGAAGAAGCGGCCUGGUCGAAGUCGCAGGCGUACAGUUUGAACAGCGGCCCGUAUUCUCAGGUAGGCGGCAGGGGCAGCCAGGACGGCUUGGCGAACGAACCGUACUCCUACCCAUACGCCGACCAGGCCCAUUCUUUCGGGAACAAGGCGGUGUAAGCUUCGUGGUGGACGCGUACGGCUGUGCUGUGAUGCGGAUUCAUGGGGGUGUCGGACCAACUUCAUGAUGUAUAACGAACCGAUAUUUUAUUUAUUUAUUCUGGGUUGCAUACCAAUACAAUCGGCGUUCACCUGCGAUCUAUGAGCAUUCGAGAUCGGUAUUCAAAUAUCUCGUCGCAAACACUACCAAUUUUCAACCGUAAAUGUACAUAAAAUACAAAGCUAUGGUAUACUCAACCGAGGAGAGUCUAUUUCUCGGGUCGUAAGAUAUCAUGUCUUGUAUAUCCCCCAAAGUUGCCAAUUCGUCCGCUCAAAUCAAACGUACUCCCAGACCUCCACACGCCCACCGCUUCGUCCCACAAUGACCCGGCCACCCUCCUCGUCCAGCGCAAGAUUCGUCCACUCAUCCGCGCCUCCUCUGCCCCCGGCCGAGGGCACUCCCCCUUCUCCCAUCUUUCUACCCACACUAGUAUCGCGUAUCCCGAAGGUCAUAGACGCCGUCUGAGCCGGGGGCACCUGGCGUGUGGCCGCUGCGAACGCGGCCCCU